GUUUAUUGCUCUUUAACAAAGCAGGAAGUGUGGUUUCACAAAGAGCAGUUCUUCAGUUGAUAUCAUGGCAUUAGAUGUGAAAACAAGAGCGAAGCGCUAUGAAAAGCUGGACUUUUUGGGAGAAGGACAGUUUGCAACUGUGUACAAGGCCAGGGACAAAACCACAAACACCAUUGUUGCUAUCAAAAAGAUUAAAGUGGGACACAGAACGGAGGCCAAAGAUGGCAUCAACAGAACAGCUCUACGAGAGAUUAAAUUGUUACAAGAACUAAGUCAUCCAAACAUUAUUGGGCUCCUGGAUGCGUUCGGUCAUAAAUCUAACAUCAGUCUCGUCUUUGACUUCAUGGAGACGGAUCUGGAGGUGAUCAUUAAGGACACCAGUCUGGUGUUGACACCGGCUAACAUCAAGGCGUACAUUCUGAUGACACUACAGGGUUUGGAGUACAUGCACAGUUACUGGAUAUUGCACAGGGAUCUUAAACCCAAUAACUUGCUGCUGGAUGAAAAUGGAGUCUUAAAGCUUGCUGAUUUCGGAUUGGCUAAAGCAUUUGGAAGUCCAAACAGAGUAUAUACACAUCAAGUAGUAACAAGAUGGUACCGUUCCCCAGAGCUGCUCUUCGGUGCCAGGAUGUACGGUGUGGGUGUAGAUAUGUGGGCAGUUGGCUGCAUUCUUGCUGAGCUUUUACUCCGAGUACCAUUUUUAGCUGGUGAUUCAGACUUGGACCAACUGACAAAGAUAUUUGAAGCUUUAGGAACACCAACAGAGGAGACAUGGCCUGGGAUGUCCAGUCUCCCGGACUAUGUCUCAUUUAAAUUGUUUCCUGGCACUCCAUUGGAGCACAUCUUCAGCGCAGCGGGCGAUGAUCUUCUGGAGCUCCUCCAGGGUUUAUUCACCUUUAACCCCUGCACACGCACCACAGCUACACAGGCUUUGAAGAUGAAGUAUUUCAGCAAUAAACCAGGACCAACUCCAGGACCUCAGCUUCCCAGACCAAACUCUUCAGCAGAGGCCCUAAAAGAGAAAGAAAACCUGAUGAUAGGAAUUAAGAGAAAACGUGAUGUCAUUGAUCAAGGUACUCUUAAAAAGAAGUUGGUGUUCUGAGUGAUCUGGAUGUUUUCUUUUUUUCAACCGUGCAUGUAACAGUUACAGUAUGAGCUUAUUUAUGUGAUAAUUUGAAUUAUUUUUUUAUGUACUAUGAAAAUUAAAUUAUAGAAAACUGUGUAAA